AUUUGAGAAUGCUGUAGUCCGAGGCGCGCUCAGCGGUUUGGCGCUGCAAAGUGUACUGUUCGCUCCGGAGCAGCGGCAGUAGCAUCGAGGCUUCACUUUUUCAGUCUCGGACUGCGUUUUAAUGACUGAAUCCUCGUACGUUCAUGGACAGUCAUGUCUAAAGAGGAAAAUGCGAUGUCCCACGAACUUUUCAAAGAUGUCAAAUUCUACGUUGUGGGGGACAUUGACCAAAUGGUGGUGCAGCUGCUGAAAGCAGGAAAAGGGAAGGAGGUGUCCUACAAUGCUCUGGCCACUCACAUCAUUGCAGAGGAUGGGGACAAUCCCGAGGUGGGCGAGUCCAGAGAGGUUUUUGACCUGCCUGUUGUCAAGCCAUCCUGGGUGAUCCUCUCUGUCCGAUGUGGAGACCUGUUACCAGUUACUGGAUUCUCCCCAGAAUCAGGACAGAUAUUCUUCGGUGUGACGGCUUGUCUUCCCAGGCUUCCAAAUGAUCUCAACACAUUGUGGGCUUACAUUACCUUUUAUGGAGGAGAAUGUCAGCUUAACCUCAACAAGAAGGUCACCCACUUAGUGGUGAAGGAACCAAAGGGGGCCAAGUUUGAGUGUGCCCUGAAACACCCUGGCAUCAAGAUCGUCACCCCGGACUGGAUAACAGAUUCUGUUAAAGACAAAAGCAGGAAGGAUGAGGCGCUCUAUCACCCCAGGCUCACGUAUGUGGAGCCUGAGGAAGAGGACGAGAGUGAACCGGAGUCAUAUGACCAGCACUCCCAUUCAGAUGGAAGCUACAGCCCCCGACGAUCGCAGCUGUCCAGCGGUGGCUCGUCUGGCGAGGAGUCCAGCCCCCGCAGACGACCAGGACCUAAAAAACUGAAUUCUGUCUCUCCGACAUCCCCCCGCAAACCUGAGCGCCGCAGCGAGCGCAUGUUCGACGACUCUGACGAUGACUCCUCCACAGAGAAGGAGGGCACCAACCUCAACUGGACACCGGCUGAAGUCGUUACACCGAAACCCCCUAUUCUGACCGGCACAGCCAGACGGCGGGGCGGGCCGCCUGGCAACAAAGAUCCAGUUUCAACUACAGGCGGGGGGCUGAUCAACCUGUGUGCCACUGUGCCUCCUGUACCUGGUAGUGGAGGAGCCAUGCCUGCAGAGGCUCGCUCAGCUGCUGCUGCCAUCAGUCACAGCACACAGCAGGGUGUAUCAGUUCCAGAGGGCAUCCCCGGAUGGAGUCCAGCUGCUAGAACCCUCCGCAACAUUACUAACAACUCUGACAUACAGCCAGCCAAUCGACCUGCCAACGUAGCACAUAUCAUCCAGAAUCUGACAGCCAAUCAAACAAAGCCACUGGAGCAGCAGCCCAAUCAGAGCCAUACUCCAACCCCCAACAGUACCAACCCUCUUCUGUUCAGUCAGGCCAAACUGGCUGGCCAACCCCUCACAGCAGAGCAGCAACAACAGUUACUGCAACAGCAACAGUCACACCAGGCUGCCCAGCAACAGCAUCAGCAGUUGCCACAGCAACCGCAGCAUCCCAUGAUGCAUCUGCAGCAGCAGCAGCAGCAGCAGCAGCAGCAGCAGCAGCAGCAGCAGCAGCAUCAGAUGAUGCAGCUACAUCACCAACAUCAACAGCAGUCACAGGUUGCACUACAACAAGGGUUCCCACAGUUACCCCAACAGCAGCAACAGUUUCUGCAACAACAGCAGCAAAUGCACCAACAGAUGUUUUCGCAGCAGCAGCAGCAGCAGCAGCAGCAGCAGCAGCAGCAGCAGCAGCAGCAGCAGCAGCAGCAGCAGCAGCAUGUGUUCUCCCAGCAGCUGCGGCCCCAGCAGCUCCUACGGCCUGGUUUACAGCAGCUGCAGCAGCAACAAGCUCUGCAGCAACAGCUCCAACAGUUCCAACAGCAGCAACGUAUGCAGAUGUUACAGCAACAGCAGAAUCAACAGCAGAAUCAACAGCAGAAUCAACAGCAGCUGCUGCAGCAGCAGCAGCAGCAGCAGCAGCAGCAGCAGCAGCAGCAGCAUUUCCUACAACAGCAACACAUGCAGCAGAUACAGCAACAGCACCUGCAAAAUCAGCAGCAGCAGGCGCUGCAGCAUCAGAACCAGCAGGCCCUGCAGCAGCAGACGACGCUGCAGCCUCAGCUCCAGCAGCCUUCUCACAUCUCCCAGCUGUUUGGACAUGAGCCCGGACAAGAAAUUCCACAGGAUGGCUUCCUGCUAGGCUGUGUGUUUGCUAUUGCUGACUACCCAGAACAGAUGGCUGACAAACAACUCCUGGCCACAUGGAAGAGGGUGAUCCAGGCGUGUGGAGGUGCUGUUGACCCCACCCUGACCAGCCGCUGCACACACCUGCUGUGUGAGAGCCAAGUCAGCAACAUGUAUGUACAGGCACUCAGAGAGGGGAAGCGCUGUGUAACAGCCCACUGGCUAAACACUGUACUGAAGAGGAAGAGGAUGGUUCCUCCUCAUCGGACAUUACAUCUGCCCUUCGCCUUCCCUCCUGGAGCCAAACCCUGCUCUCAGCACAUUAUAUCAGUGACGGGUUUUGUGGAUGCUGACAGAGAUGACCUAAAGUUGAUGGCCUACCUAGCUGGUGCCAGAUACACCGGAUAUCUGUGUCGCAGUAAUACAGUCCUAAUCUGUAAAGAGCCUAGUGGGCUUAAAUAUGAAAAGGCCAAGGAGUGGAAGAUCCCUUGUGUGAAUGCCCAGUGGUUGUGUGAUAUACUGCUGGGCAACUUUGAAGCGCUGAGACAGAUUCAGCACAGCAGAUACUCCAUCUACACACACCCUGAACCACUGGUGCCUAACCCACAGCUGGUCCAGAACCUGCUUGCUGCUUGGAGAACGUCGAUCAAAGUAUCCCCUGAAGCUUUGGCUAGCCUCCAGCUGCUCCAGAAGCAGAAGAUCACGGACUCCACCAACCAGCCUGCAAACAAGAAGGCCAGACUGGAGGAGAUCCAGUCCCCCAGUAAGAAGCUUCCUCCAGAGUCUACUCCUCGAGUCAUGUUCACAGGCUUUGAGCCUGCACAAGUACAGCAGUACACAAAGAGGUUACAUGCUUUAGGUGGUGAAGUAGCAGACAGCAAUCUGAAGGUUUCUCACCUGGUAGCCAGUAAGGUGACUCGAACUGUCAAGUUCCUCACAGCCAUGUCUGUGGUCAAACACAUCGUCAGCCCAGAGUGGCUGGAGGAGAGCUGGAGGAGCCAGAAGUUUGUGGAUGAGCAGAGUCACACUCUGAGGGAUGCAGAGGCUGAGGUGUUGUUUGGCUUCAGUCUGGAAGAAUCACUAAAGAGAGCCCACAGUGCACCACUCUUCAAGGGGAAGUACUUUUACCUCACCCCAGGGAUCUGCCCCAGCCUCAGCACCAUGAAAUCCAUCCUGGAGAGUGCUGGAGGAAAGCUGCUGGCCAAACAGCCCUCCUACAGAAAGAUCAUGGAGCACAAACAGAACAAGAACCUUCCAGAAAUCAUCUUAAUUUCCUGUGACAAUGACCUCCAUCUCUGUAGAGAAUACUUCUUGAAAAACAUUGAUGUACACAACGCUGAGUUCAUCCUGACAGGAGUUCUCACCCAGAAAUUGGACUAUGACUCAUACAAGUUCACUUGAUGGUGAAGCAAUGAUGGCAUGAAGAAGAGGAGGAGGAACAGAUCCGGAAGCCACCUGUGUACAGUCCAGCCACACUGAUUUUUCUAUGUUUUUAUUUCUGUGCAUAGAUCUCCAGUCAUUUUGUAGCUUUUUGUUACCUGUUUGAGAAUAAAUAAAUGGAUGUUAUUUUUGUGAAAUGAAUGUUUAAAUUAUGGAGAAUUUUAACCUUUUUCCUGUUGUUCAGAUAGAAUGUGUAAAGGCUUCAGCUCAUAACAUGCUGCUUUUUGAAAUAAAAACUACAUUUGUUUGUGAAAAA